UUUCGUGGCGUGCUAAGCUGCUGAAUUUAGGCAGCCAAACCGGGCUGCGACAUUGUCGAAUGCGGACGGAAUUUACACGAUUUAACGCGAUUUGAGGCCCUCUGGGCUUCCGGAAACAACUUGGAAAUAAACAUAAGGCUGUCUACUUUACAAUGACUAUUAUUUUGUUCUUAGUAGACACCAGUGCGUCUAUGAACCAACGCACAUAUUUGGGGACAUCAAUGAUCGACAUUGCUAAAUCCUCAGUUGAGAAUUUUAUGAAGAUCAGAGGGCGCGAUCCGAACAGUCGUUGGGAUAGAUACAUGCUUUUGACUUUGGAGGACCCUCCGCAAAACAUCAAGGCCGGAUGGAAAGAAAGUCAUGCAACCUUCACAUCGGAACUGAAAAAUCUUAUCGCAACAGGGGUAACAUCCUUGGGAAAUGCCUUGAAAAGUUGCUUUGAUCUCCUUAACGUAAAUAGAAUGCAAUCGGGCAUUGAUACAUAUGGUCAGGGAAGAUGCCCACACUAUCUAGAACCUGCUGUGAUAAUCGUUCUCACUGAUGGCGGAAAGUUGACUUCCCAUUCUGGUGUCCAGCCCGAGUUAAACAUUCCCAUGAACACAUCCUGUGUGCCGGGCCACGAGCUGACCAAGGAACCGUUCCGAUGGGAUCAGCGCAUCUUCAGCCUCGUGAUGAGGUUGCCGGGCAGCGUGCCUAUCGACCUCAGCUGCAACACCAUCAUCCCCUCCGCCACCAACCACCCUCUCGAUAUCAUGUGCGAAGUCACUGGAGGUCGUUCCUAUGCAAUCUACAACCAGAAGAUGCUUAACGGUGCAGUAGACAGUUUGGUAUCAAAGAUUCAGAAUGGAGUAGUGAUACAGUUUGAAAAAAUAGGCCCGGAUCCACCGCCAUUACAAAUUGAUCUGAUUAAACCUGAAAAUGGAUUAAUUGUAGACAGUAUGAAAGAAAAUCUCAGUAUGAAUGGGCAGAUAAUUCUGCUUGAGGAGGAGCCUAUCAAACCUGCGCUGUUGGCAUUGCCACAAUCUCAGUUGCCUAGCAACACAAGCUGGCACAACCUGCGCAGACUCAUCCUGGUGCCCAGGUCGGCACAGAAGGGCUACUCAGUGGGUCACUGGCCCAUACCAGAGUCCUUCUGGCCGGACAACGCGAAUAAUAUGCUGCCACCCAGGUCUGCCCAUCCGAAUGUCCAGUUUUCUUGUUCACCGUGUGAACCUAUGGUCAUCGAUAAUCUGCCCUUCGACAAAUAUGAACUGGAGCCGUCACCACUCACACAGUUUAUACUUGAGCGACGGCAAAUUAACACGUGUUGGCAGGUUUUUGUCAGUAACAGUGCCAAAUACAGCGAGGUGGGACACCCGUUUGGAUACCUGAAAGCCAGUAGCUCUCUCACCUGUGUUAACCUGUUUGUUAUGCCAUACAAUUAUUCAGUACUCUUGCCUUUGUUAGAUGAAUUGAUGAAAGUACAUAAAUUAAAGCCAACACCCCAGUGGAGGCAGCGGUUUGACAACUACAUAAAAACUAUGCCGGGAUAUUAUGCACAGCCAUUGAAACGAGCGUUAGUUCGGAUGGGGAUUCAUGGCCUUGUUCCGGACAACAUUGAGAACUGUCUUUCAUACAGUGUGAUAACCUACCUCAAGAAAUUGAAGAAUCUGGGAAAGAUGGAGAUGGACCGUCUGGUUGCCUCAGUGGGAUCAAAGGGUCCGUCACACGAGGGUAUCAAGGUCUGCUCCAGAAGCAAGACUUCGGUUCUGCAGCGUAAGGACUUUAGUCAGCUGUUGAAGAAUGUAGGCGGGAACCUGGCAUCUCUAAAGCAGGAGCUCACCGACUACAACACCUUCACAAUAGCUGUCCCAGAUAGAGAUGUGAAACCUCAACAGUUCAGAAACCCAUACGACAUUCCUAGAAAGAACUUGUUGGAUCAGAUUGCCCGAAUGAGAACCAACUUCCUGCAGACAUCGUAUUCAAGCAAAACCAAGCUCUCGGAUACAGAUGAGCUUCACAGCGUUCCCAUUGCUCAGAUGGGCAACUACCAGGAAUACCUGAAAAAGAUCAACGUGGAGUCUCCUUCCCUCCGACCCCUGGAGAGCACACCCACAAGGGUCCACAUGUUUGGAAAUCCAUUUAAAGUUAAUAAGAACAUCAUGGUGGAUGAAGCAGAAGACUCCAUGCUGGGCGGUCAGCAGUCCCAGAAGAAGAAACCGGUCCCAGAGAGUUCGCCCUUCUCUCUCGGACCCGAGAGGAAACGCAAACCUGGGCCUUUACCGAAGAUGUUCUCGUAUAAACGUUUAAAGACGGGACUGGAAGGUUCAUCAGUGAGAUUGAAAGUAGAGGACGAUGUAACGCCACCACUGUCUCCCAUAGCCGAGGUGUCAGAACCAGAGUCUGAUUCGGAAUCCAUUGUCGAAGAAGUGACGGUGAAAAUCAAAACAGAACCUGUUGAGAUUAACCAUGUUGAUCAAAAGUCACAUGACAUUUCAUUCACCAAUCAUGUGAAAGAGGAAGAAAAUGGACGUAGUAGUCCUGAGUCGCCUACCGAUGAAAAGCCAGUUGUAAAUCACAAACGAGACAAAGUGACUAUUAAAAAAGAUUCAAAUCCAUGGACGUUUAAUGAACACUUAAGACAAUUAGUUGUGACAGAAGUACGAAAACCUGGGAAAAAAUAUGAUCUGUUGUUUGAGCAUAUGAACAAAGUACAGGGGACAUUUGAAAUGAAGCACGCGUUUGUGAAAUGCAUAAUUCACGAGGCAGCAAGAUUCAAAAAGAAGAUUUUGAUAGAUCUACUACAACAAUUUGAAAAGUCUCUUAUUAAACAUUCGAAGACCCAAAACAAGCACAGAUAAUAUUUGUGCAGACAUAGUUGUUUGUGUCAUUUACCACUGUGUUCGCAUGUGUUCCAUUAUGACAUCAUCAAAACCUGUGAUGACAUCAUUAACUUACAUCAUCUUAUCCAUCUCUGUGAUGACAUCAUUGAAGUCUGUGAUGACAUCAUUGAAAUCUGUGAUGACAUCAUUUUCAUGUUUCACUUUACUAUUUUAAACCCAUAAAUGAUUCUAUUUAAAUGCUUACUUUGUUGUUUUUUUCUUAGAUUUUUAUUUUGUUUAAGCCACCAAAUCCAUAAAAUACAGUAUUUAAAAACAACAUUUUCUGAGCUGAAAUAUAUAAAGGAAUAAGGACGAAAAUCAUGAAAUUGCAUAAAUAUAAAUCAGGAUACACAAUUUUGAGAUUGUUUCAUAAUUGACGCCUUGUUUUUGUCAGUAAAGAGAGUAAUGUUUUGUUGUUAUCAAAUGAACGAAAAAAUAUAUUUUGGUAAUGAAGUUUAUUUGCCAUGAGGAAUAGGUGGCUUUAAAAAUUUGAAGAAAUGCAGCUUUUAUUUAGUAUAAUGAGGAAGUACUAGAUAUAUUCAUGUAUUUGAACUGAACUCUGUACAUCAUAUUCAGUUGUAUCAUUAUGGUACUUUGUCAAAAAAUGAAAAUGUAAGUUAUACCAAAAUUGGAUCUUUUUAAAUAUUUAAGACAAAUUUUGCCUUGAACAAUGAUAGUGCUUCGCUUUUCUACUGUUGUUAAAAACACAUUUUUGUGCUUAUUUAUUUAUUCAUACUCAUUAAAAGAAAUUUGAAAUCACAGAAUAUUGCCGUAUUACCGUACUGCUUGACUGUUUCUUCAUGGGUUUUACUGGGACAAAAAAAGUUGUUACCACUAAAUUCUGUUGCAUGAAAUGCGUUGGGAGGCAAUUUUUUUUCAUCAUAAUAAUUUAUUUUGACACUUGUCUAAUCUAAUUAGACAUCAUUGUCACCAUAAAAAAGCCUAAACCCAUCUUCAAUUGUUUAUAAAUUAUUUAUUGAACAACAUAUUAUUAACCAGGUUUUCUGAAGGAAAAAACUGGUUAUUAGAUUGGCGAAUGCGGGCGGGCGGGCGGAACAAGCUUGUCCGGGCCAUAACUAUGUCGUUCAUUGUCAGAUUUUAAAAUCAUUUGGCACAUUUGUUCACCAUCAUUGGACGGUGUGUCGCGCGAAAUAAUUACGUCGAUAUCUCCAAGGUCAAGGUCACACUUUGAGUUCAAAGGUCAAAAAUUGCCAUAAAUGAGCUUGUCCUGGCCAUAACUAUGUCAUUCAUUGUGAGAUUUUAAAAUCAUUUGGCACAUUUGUUCACCAUCAUGGAACGGUGUGUCGCACGAAAGAAUCACGUCAAUAUCUCCAAUGUCAAGGUCGCCACGACUAAAAAUAGAUUAAAAAAAAAAAAAAAACUUACAAAGGGGGUUAAUUUUUGUUUGUUUAUUUCAAAAGUUCAGUUUCAGUUUUCUCCCUUUAUCAGAUUUUUUUUUCACAAUGAAAACCUGGUUUUGUGACAAUUUUGUCCCUUGUUUUAGAUAGUUCACUAGUGUCAACAUUUUUGACGAUUUCAUUUGAUCAUAAAAAAUGUGACGACAUCAAAAUAACGCUUAACCUGCUGCGUGCCAAAUCCUCCUAAACAAGAUCAUUUUUUGUUGAAAAAGCAACUGUUUUGCACCUAUUCAUGUUAGAAUUCCUCAUGAUUCAGGACAGGCUUUUAAACUUAAGAAAUCACAUCCAGGCACUGUAGUUUCAUUCUGAAAUUCAGCCUCGAUUUGGGAAAAAAGGAAACCAAAUUUCCGCAUCAAAAAAAGAUGCGUAACCUCUUUAUAUGCAUUGGUAUUUGGAAUUAAAAAUCAAUAUAUUGCAAACAAAACAAUAACCAAAGAAUUCAGACCAUUAAUCAAUCAGUAAUGCUGAUUUCAAAGAAGUGUGUUUGUGCCUAACCAAGCAUGAAACAGAGGCUGUGACGUCGGAGAUCAUCUUUCACAGCAUGCCACUCUCAUCUGCAACAAAAGGCAAAUAAGUGAUUUGAUAACAAAAAAUGUCCUUGGGGCUUGUUUGUACGAAAUGGGAUGAGGGAGUGAAGAAAUAUACUCUUGUGAUGUUCCAAACAAGAUUUCUUGUAAUACACCUUACCAAUCUACAUUAAUGCUUGUAGCAAAUAAAUUCUCAAAACAAAAUCGCCACUUUUUACAAUUUGUUGCAUUUGGCGACAAUAGCGACUGUAGUGUUUACCACUGUUCCUUUAUGUUUAUUUAAGGCACAUAUUGACAGAUGAUUGCAUACACAUUUGCUGGGAUUUAAUAAACCAAUUAUUUAUUUACAAUAACAUUGUAUACAAGUUUGUUCCCUUGACGUACUUUGCAGUUCAGACCAGUAAGAGGCAAAUUACUCGUAUACAGUUUAGUAGGGCUCGAGUUUGCCUAACAGGAAGAAGUCAUCAUCGGCCACCCCAAGGCCCCCUUCCCUCCCCCCCCCUCACCCAGCGGGGUCUCCUUUGACCCCUACCUUGCCCUUUUGAAUUGCCCUUUGCAGCAAUGUUCAAUUCACAUAUAUAACACUUGUUAUAUUGAAAUAUGCAACAGGAAAAAAAAUGACAGCUCGCACAAGUGCCUUUUUUACACCAGGCCCUUUUAAGAUAAUGGUUGGCGCGCUGCAGUUGCGUAAGCAUGGACAUAUAAUGCAUAUUGUUUGAUAAGUUUACAAAUACGUGGUAAAUUUUAAUCCAAAAGUUAAUACAAAAAGAAUUGGGUUAUAUUAAAAAUAAAGCUAAAUGACAACCACAAAGUUUUCAGCUAUUGUUUUUUAAUUGUGCAGAUUGUUUGAACUGCUCUCAAAAUUUCUAAGAAUGUGCAACCCUUCUUGCAAUACUGAUGAUGAAAUAGUUUGCAAUCAAUCAAUGCAUAGGACUUAACUUGGUUUGCAGCUUUUCAUUGACUCUAGGCUUUUAAAAAGUAAGUUGCAGCUUAACAUAUACAUUGCCGAAUUCAUUCACAAGUAAUGCUUUUAUUUAAUGUUGAUGUAUUUGUUUAGGACUAUUGUAAUUAACUGUAGACUGUGAUAUUGUACAUAUAAUGAUACUUAUAAACAAGAUUGAAGCUAAUUUUUUCCAGGUUAUUCGGCCUAUACACCAUCUCUUAUAAACAUCAAGAAGUUAACUCUCUCAGAAACGCAAUACCUUUCUUACUACAUUCAAGUUUAAAAGACUUCAUAUCUGACCAAAAAAAUACUGAUGAGCAGCAAACAACAUAAAACCUUACCACACUACGAGUUACUCGCAGGCUGUUCUGGUUUUAUGCUGUUUGCACAUAGCCAUUUUCACUUUACUUCUGAGCGGGUUAACUCUUACAGUGCUGGAACCGAAUUUUGAAGGUCUUUUCAAACAGUUUGGAUCCAGAUGAGACGCCACAAAAUGUGGCGUCUCAUCAGGAUCCAAACUGUUUGCUAUUCUGAUAGUAUUCUUUGAAAAAAAAUCAAAGACAAUGCUAAUUUUAGAAAUUCCGCAGACGACGUUUUUGCAGACGACAAAUUUCCCAGCAUGCAAUGGGUGAAGACUAAUGUCAGGCCUUCACUUAACCUUUUAUGAAUUUUGGUCCUGGAUAACCCAGUUAAAACUGUUCUUAGACCUUUGCGCUUUCCUUAAUUAACUUGAACCCGAGAUUUUGUUUUAUGAUAAUUUUUUAAGUGAAAAAUCAGCUUCAAUCGUUGUUGUUUCUGUGUAAACAUGUGUGCAUUGUUAAGUGUUAAUGUCUGUCCUUCCAUUUGAUUUAACAAAACUGUUUAGAACUCGCUAUCUGUGGGUACAUAGAACUAAGAAGUAACUAUACAUUUAUAUUAUUAAUCAGCCAAUUAGUUACACUUUGGAGAUCUGAUGUGAUCCAAUAUUCUUUAAUAUUGUCUAUUGAAAUUGUAUAGUUAAAGUGCUAUUAUUAAAUUGUUUUAUUGGUAGCUGUAAUUGCUUUUUAACUGGUUAAAAUUAAGUUUGAAAUAGUUCUCUCCAAUUUAGGUAAUAUAUCCAUUAUGAUAAGAAUAAUCCAUCUCCCCACUCAAGUUGUAUGGUAACUAAGUGCAAUGUUGUGUAUAUGAGAUCAAGAAAAAGUUUUUGGUGGGGUGACCUACCAUAUUUCAUGCCAAUCCUCUAUGAUAAAAUAUGUCUUGCUAUGGGAAAACGGGGCUUAAUGCGUAUUUGUAUAAAGUGUUGUUCCAGAUUGACUUGUGCCAUUUGCACAGGCUAAUUGGGAUGACACUUUUCUCUUGUGGAAUUUUUUCGUUUCGGAGGUCUCUUCAAACAAAAAUAUAGAGGAAAGUGUUGCCCCUGAUUAGACUGUGACCACAGCACAGGCUAAUCUGAGACAACACUGUAUGCACAGGCUGCCAGGUGUUAAAAGAACGAGUCUAAUAUUGUUGAUGGUCUGACCUACUCGUUCAUGCCAACUCUAGAAAAUAAAUUCGAACUGUUACUGACAAUCCUAGGAACGUAAUAAAAUUGAUCUAAGAGAAUGAACAUCUUUUCAAAGUGUUGGUCAUAUAAUAAAGUUGAUUUAAAGUUGUUAACUGAACCAUAAAUUUGUCACCCAAGCACAAGUCUUUUCAAUGACAAAAGCAAGCACUAACUUCCAUCACUUUGCAAUAUUACAAAAAAUUUAAACAAUCUAAUUUUAGACGCUAGUUAACUAAUUGCAUGGAUGACAUUUGUGUACAAAGUAAUUAUCCAUUUAGAUGUUCAUACAUGCAUAUGUGUAGCAUUGCGACACAAAUUUGUCAUUCAAGCAGGGUUGUGAUAUCUCAUGAAUCAUCCCAUUACUUCCCCUUUUCAUGCCCAUUUUGUAUUGUACCAUUGUUAAAUGUAGUGUAAAUGUGACUGAUGAAUGCACUUGCUAUACUUUGGAGUUAAGACCUUAUUUUCAGUGAUUUGUUAGAACAGACAUUAUUAUUGAAAGUUUUUUUUUUUAACAAAUGAAGAUUUGACAUUUUGUUUAUGGCAUAUUUGUACCUAAAUUCUCUAUAAAUUUGUUAAUGAUUGUUACAAGGAACAUCUGGGUUUUUUUUUAAUGACAAACUUUGUUUCUUGUCUAUGGAGAAGAAUAACAAAUUAUCUUUUUAAAGAGCAACCAUGUUUAAAUUGCAUAAAUGUUUAAAUAACAUUAUUUGUGCUAAAUUUAUAAAUCAAAAUAAAAUUAAGUCUGUCACUGUAGUUUAUUUGAGCAUUGACUGUUUUUGCAACUAGAAAUACUGAUAAAUAAUUUGUUGAUAAACAAAGUUGAACACCCUGGUUAUAAUGUUGACUUUAAUGUUAAAACCUGGUUUAACUAAGUUACCAAGUUUUUUUUAAAAUAAAUUCUUUCAUCUUUGGCAUGAAUUUGACAGUUAAACUUGGCUAAAAAAAUGCAAUUGUGCGAGUCAACCAAUAUUUCUAGGAAAAAUGAAAAAGUAUUACUUAAAUGAGAUUUUCUGUGCAGAUCUUGGUGCGUUAGAACAAAUGUUUUUUAAGUGCGUCUGUUGUUAGAAAUUACUUGUUUUAGCAUGUCACUUUUACAGUGAAUCUCUGUACAUGUUAAUGCUGUUUUUACAGUUGAUAAAAAUGAAACAUGAAUUAAAACAAAUCGAAUUGCCA